AUGCUAUCAUGGGUUCUAGCGUCGUCGUCCCCGACUCCUAAUGCGCCAGCCCAUCAAUCAAGGACAAUGGUGACGGGCCGUGUCUGCAAGAACGUGCUAGGAUUGUUCUCGAGGGGUGCCCAAGAAACGCUGGAGGUCAAACUUCGCUUGGUUCCCGUCCCGACCGCCAUGCAAAGCGAAUACCUGAACAGCAUGCAGAAAUACCGGGAAUUGAGCAAUGUCAUCCCUCACGAGUUCGAUGCUCAAGCCUGGACCGAUUUUCUACGCCAAAACCCUGACUUAAUGUCACCCACACCACAACCUGCAGCUCAGGCACCAUCCCCAAUGGAUCAUUCCGGCAUUGAGAGAUUCCACCAGCUUCUGAGCGAAGGUUCCACGCCAAGAGACAUCUCAAUGCCCAACCCGCCGUUUCGUUCCACCUCUCCCACACAGUCUGCUCUUAGCACAACAAGCAGGGUACAAACACCGGGCCAGUUCCAAGCUUAUCAGCAAGAACAGCCCAUACAACGUCCACAGCCGGAAAGAACACAAAGCGACGUCAUCAGACCAUCAUCCAGCGCUUCCAUGCGCGAUGCAGACUUCCACAAUUACGCUAGACCUAUGAGCCGCAGGGGCUCGGUUCAAUCCGGUUAUGGGAGCUGCGAAGAGACAUCGGAGCAGCAGCCGAGGAAAAGAGCGAAGCUAUAUCGAGCAGAGGCUCCUGGCAGGUCCGAUCUGAACAUCGAGAGACAGCCAAGCUCAUUACGAGUUGCUGCUAGCACAGCAGCUUCAGUCCGCAUUCAUCGUCCGACUCCCAUCAACCCCUCCAUAACUGCCGCUCAGAAUUCAAACGAAGAGCCAAUUCGUCCUCCUACCCCGAUAUCAGGUCUAAACAGCUUACCCCGCCGAGCUCGUCCUCAACCAAGCCUCCUUCGUGAAUCAUCAGUCCAAAGCCUCCAAAGUCUCAACCAAUACACUUCGCCAUAUCCGAUGAGCGACGACCAACCUCCGAUGGAGCCGAAUGCACACUCUCCUGAGGAGUCUCGAUACCAGGGUCUAUUCGAGCCCUCCUUCACUAUGCCCUCCUCGCCACCCGUCCUAGACUAUGGGCUUCCCACAAGGUCCAGCCCGGUCCUCCCACCCAUGGCAGCCGAUCUUGAUUCCGGAUUCAUGAGCGGCGGCAUCGAUGACCUCUUGGAUGAGGAGCCUGGCCCUACCUCGGCCGCUCCAGUCGAGGACGCCACAGGGCCCUCGUCGAGAACUACUGCGAGCGCAAACCGUACUGUCCGUUCUGCGGCCCAAGCGAACUCGCCCGCCCCUGUUGCUGCAAACCCCGAGCCCCAGGUCGGACCCAUUGUUAUCAGCGACGAACCAUCGGAAAAACAGCCGCAAGUUUCCAAGGAAGCACCCAUUGCACCCGCCCGUGCCACCAAGACUGCUUCGCGCCCUGCCUCACGUGCCAGUAGUGUAAGACCGACAACACACAAGCCACUAGCUCCCGCUCCUAUCUCUCAGAGUGAGUUGGAGCAGCUUCUCAAUGCCAUUCCGGCAAGCGAUCCAGUUGCGCCAACGCCGGCGGGCGAUUCUACCACUGCCGAGACUCCGGCAUCCCAGCCUGCCAACAAAGAUGGAAAAAUCCGCAGCGGGGCGGGCGCCCGUCGAGUCAGACAAGUUCAAGCACGCCUCGAAAAGUGCAUACAGGAUGGGCAAGUACCACCUUACUGUGAAAAUUGCGGCGCAAUCGAAACUCCUACUUGGCGUAGAGCCCACUCCAAGGAAAUUGCAGGAAGCGAGGAAGAAGCCAACGAGCUUACGAAAGACCCCGCGGCGCUCUUCUGGCAAACGGUUGAGCGGGACGAGAAAGAAAAGGUCAUCAAGUUCAAGGUCUAUAAGAAGACCUUGGCCGAGGCUGACCAAGGCUUUGACCUGGUCCUACUUUGCAACCCUUGCGGACUCUGGCUACACAAGUUCAAAACCAUGCGCCCUGAGAACCGAUGGACAAAACCCAAUGCCGCCAAGAAGAAGCGACCAAGGAGCGGCCGCAGACCAGGUGGCCCACUAUCCACUAACGGUACUGCUAGGGGAGCCCGCAACAGAAGCGACUCGGCAAAGCCGGAUGCCUCAUCGCCAGGCGGCUCAGAAGCUUCAACUCCAGCAGCUGAUGACGAUGCAACUCCUCGUGCCGAUGCUGAAAUGAACACAAACGUACCAGCCGAUGACGAGCGGGAGAAGGGCGACGAUGCACAAGAGCCUUCGCCCAAGCGCCGCCGCGCCAACAGUGUCGAGCCUCGGAAGACGUCUGACAUGGCCAAGAGCCGUUGGCAUGAGGACGAUGCAAUGGAAGCUCUCCGGCGGGCUAUUCAGUCUAGCCCAGCCAGGAAUCUUGCAAACCGCGAUGCUUCAGCGCCGGGCCCGUCAGUUCUGAACAGUCCUAAGCGAAGCUCGCGCGCGUCCACCGGCCAAGGUGCGGAUAAGCAACCAGGCGACAAAGAAAACACCACAAAUGACCUUGACCGGCUGUUCGAGAGCCCCUCGUUUGAGUUUGACCUAUGUGCCAGCCCCACUCCCAGGCGGCGAAACCAGCGUUCGAACCUUGGGGACAAGCGACACUCACUCCCCUCAAUCUCUCCUGUUCCCAAAGCUCGAAAGGGGGCUGCUCCGGAUACUACUCCCACCCGACUCUCCGCCCAACGUCUCCAGCGUGUUCAAAGCAGUCCUGGUUCUGUGUCUCGACUGAGCCUGACGCCCAGCCGAUCCCGCUCUCGUUUUCCUGAUCUUCCCCCCAUGGCGGAUGACGUCUUUGGCCCAGGCGCAUUCCAGGGAAUGGACGACAUGAUUGUCGAUAUUUUCUCUGAAGAUGCAACUUCAGCAAUCCAUACGGACCCAUUGUUUGCACUUGACUCUAGAGGCGCAUCGCACACCGAUUGGGCCAAUUGGCUUCCGUCGGACUGUGUUUCUCCGUUGGGGUCGGACAAGAACCGAAACGAUGAGAAUUCUACCGAUGUGAUCAACGCACUGCUGUCCGACCCGGACAUUCAAAAAGAUCUUUUCCAGUACGCCGAUGCGACUGCCCUAGACUCGGGCUUCUUUAGCCCGGAUGCCCUACAGGGUGAUGUGACGCUCGGCGAAAAAGCAGAUGCCUCCACGAACCAGACCAGCAACACCGAGCAGGUUUAG